ACGCAACGAUGAUUUUUUUCUACAAAUCAUAAGGAUAUUGGAACAUUAUAUUUUGUUUUUGGUACUUGAGCUGGUAUAGUAGGAACUUCAUUAAGAAUGAUUAUUCGGGUGGAGUUAGGUCAACCAGGAAGAUUAAUUGGGGAUGAUCAGAUCUAUAAUGUGGUAGUUACAGCUCAUGCUUUUGUAAUAAUUUUUUUUAUAGUAAUACCUAUUAUAAUUGGUGGGUUUGGAAAUUGAUUAAUUCCUUUAAUAUUAGGUGCUCCAGAUAUGGCUUUUCCUCGAAUAAAUAAUAUAAGGUUUUGAUUACUUCCUUUUUCGUUGACUUUAUUAUUAACUAGGGGUAUAGUUGAGAGAGGAGUUGGAACAGGAUGGACUGUUUACCCUCCUUUAGCUUCUGCUAUUGCUCAUGCGGGAGCAUCUGUAGAUUUAGGUAUUUUUUCUCUACAUUUAGCAGGUGUAUCUUCUAUUUUAGGUUCAGUAAAUUUUAUAACAACUGCUAUUAAUAUACGAACAGUAGGGAUAACCAUGGAUCGAAUACCGUUAUUUGUUUGAUCAGUGUUUAUUACUACUGUUUUAUUAUUAUUAUCUUUACCUGUGUUGGCAGGAGCUAUUACUAUAUUAUUAACAGAUCGUAAUCUAAAUACUUCUUUUUUUGAUCCAGCAGGAGGAGGGGAUCCUAUUUUAUAUCAGCAUUUAUUUUGAUUUUUUGGACACCCUGAAGUUUAUAUUUUAAUUUUACCUGCUUUUGGUAUAGUAUCUCAUAUUGUAGUUCAAGAAUCAGGUAAGAAAGAGGCUUUUGGGACAUUAGGUAUAAUUUAUGCUAUAAUUGCUAUUGGUAUUUUAGGUUUUGUAGUAUGAGCUCAUCAUAUAUUUACGGUAGGGAUGGAUGUAGAUACUCGGGCUUAUUUUACUUCUGCUACGAUAAUUAUUGCGGUUCCUACUGGUAUUAAAAUUUUUAGUUGAUUAGGAACUCUUCAGGGAACGCAAGUAAAUUACAGUCCUUCUUUAUUAUGGGUAUUAGGCUUUAUUUUUUUAUUUACUGUAGGGGGGUUAACUGGGGUUGUGUUAGCUAAUUCUUCUAUUGAUAUUAUUCUUCAUGACACUUAUUAUGUAGUGGCUCAUUUUCAUUAUGUUUUAUCCAUAGGGGCUGUGUUUGGAAUUUUUGCAGGUAUUGUUCAUUGAUUCCCUUUGUUUACCGGUUUAUCUUUAAAUCAAAAAUGAUUAAAAAUUCAUUUUUUUACUAUAUUUGUGGGGGUAAAUGUAACAUUUUUUCCUCAACAUUUUUUAGGUUUAAAUGGGAUACCUCGACGUUAUUCAGAUUAUCCCGAUGCUUAUAGGGCAUGAAAUGUUUUAUCUUCAAUUGGUUCUAUUAUUUCUUUGGUAGCUGUGUUAGGAUUUGUAAUUAUUGUUUGAGAGGCUUUUAUUAUAAGUCGAAAAAGAUUUAGAUCUCUUUUUAUACCUACUUCUAUAGAAUGACAGCAUUCUUAUCCUCCUGCUGAUCAUACUUAUUCUGAGAUUCCAUUAAUUUCUAAUUAA